AUUCUACACUGGACGGACUCUGUAAGGAACUUUGUGUACCCUUGCUGUGGAGGAUAUCGCUGUGUUAAUCUAUUAAUAGCAAAUUCAUUCGAGAAGUGAUGGACGGAAAACCGGUGCGUAUUGUACUGACAUGAGGUAAUGCGUUAAUGAACCGGAGUCCCGCGCUCUCACUGCGUUCCCCGCCUGCUCUCCGCUUGUGUCCCUUUAACGCAACAUGGGUUAGGUCUGGUGCAAGAUUAGCUCAUGGGUGUCCUCUGGGCAGGACUCAUUUAUACCAGGCACUUUCCAGAGUGUCCACGUUGAUCCGAGGAACGGUGCGCUGGGCUUUUCUUCUCAGGUGCUUGUCUGUUCCUGUCAAUAAUUUUUCCCCUGGAGAUCUUUCCCUUUCACUCGUGCUUCAGCUACACUACACCUGAAUUAAAUCGGAUCAGCUGGGUCGAGUUAGAGCUGGGAGGUAAACCUUUGUGCAGGAGCAGGUUUGGUGAUCACUGAGCUAAACCCAGUCUAUGACAAUGAAGAGAAACGGUGACGCUCAGCUGAAUGGAGUUGCAGCUUCUGGAGCCUCUGAUGCUCCUCCAGAAUCCAGCUCAGUAUGUGGAGGAUGUGCGAGGAAACUGCGGAGCUGCAUCCCUGUUCAUUACAGAGAAGAAAUCAUAGAGUUACUGAAAUUAGCUGGACCUGUGUUUAUUUCGCAGUUGAUGAUCUUCAUGAUCAGUUUCGUCAGCACUGUGUUCUGUGGACACCUGGGGAACACGGAGUUAGCCGGUGUUGCUCUGGCCAUAGCUGUUAUUAACGUCACCGGCAUGUCUGUCGGUGCGGGUUUGGCAUCCGCGUGUGACACACUUAUCUCUCAGACGUUUGGCAGCAAUAACCUGAAGCGUGUUGGGGUGAUCCUGCAGAGGGGGAUCCUCAUCCUCUUGCUGUCCUGCUUCCCCUGCUGGGCCGUCCUGAUCAACACCGAGUCCAUCCUGCUGGCUGUUAAACAGAGCUCCAACGUGGCUAGUAUCUCACAGCUGUAUGUAAAGAUAUACAUGCCUGCUCUGCCUGCUGCUUUCAUGUACCAGUUACAAGCAAGAUAUCUGCAGAAUCAGGGUAUAAUAUGGCCUCAGGUGAUCACGGGGGCUGCUGGAAACAUCCUGAACGCUUUGAUAAACUAUGUCUUCCUUCAUUUGCUUAAUCUCGGUGUAGCUGGUUCUGCGAUGGCAAACUCCAUUUCUCAGUGCUCCUUGGCUAUCUUUCUUUACAUCUACAUUCGUUGGAGAGGUCUGCACAAGGCCACGUGGGACGGCUGGUCUCGUGACUGCCUGCAGGAAUGGGGUGCCUUCUUUCGCCUGGCCUUACCUAGCAUGCUAAUGCUAUGUGUGGAGUGGUGGACUUAUGAGAUUGGAGGAUUCCUGGCAGGUCUGAUCAGUGAGUCUGAGUUAGCAUCCCAGUCGAUUGUGUAUGAGCUGGCUGCUAUCGCAUACAUGUUUCCUCUUGGCUUUGGGGUGGCAGCCAGCGUGAGAGUUGGAAAUGCUCUUGGAGCAGGAAACACACAGCAGGCAAAACUCUCCAGCAAAGUCUCUCUGCUCUGUGGACCCAUGGUCUCGUGUGUGGUUGGUGCUUCACUAACUGGAUGCAAGGAUAUUGUUGCAUACAUCUUUACCACUGAAAAAGAAAUUGUGCAUAGAGUUUCACAAAUCAUGGUUAUGUAUGGAUUCUUCCAUCUCUUUGAUGCAGUUGCAGGUAUUACAGGCGGUAUUGUCAGAGGUGCGGGAAAGCAACUGCUUGGUUCUGUGUGUAUUAUAGUGGGCUACUAUUUCGUGGGUUUCCCGAUCGGAGUGUCGCUUAUGUUCGCACUUAACAUGGGAAUAGUUGGUCUGUGGAUCGGGUUCUUUGUAUGUGUCUUCUUGCAGUCUCUUGGCUUCCUCAUUCUAAUCUACAAACUUGACUGGAAACAUGCAACUGAAGAGGCCCUAAAAAGAGCAGGCGUACACAGAUCUGAGACCAAAGUUGAAUCGUACGGCCUAGAAAAUAAGUGCGCCAAUGACGAUGUACCAGAGGAAGCCCAACCCAGUGAAGGAGACCAGCCUGAUGUGGAGGCUAAGGGGGGAAAUGAUGAAGACAGCGCCGCGGAGGAUGGAGUAGCCGUCACCGUGGGUGAUGUUCUGACCACCAAGCAACUGGUUGUUCGUCGAGGACUGACUAUUUUCCUGUUGAUACUCAUACUCGCCGGUGGGAUCACGUUGAACGAGUUUCUCACAGGCCUCCUCAGAUGAGCACUACGCGUUAAAUCCACUGCCAAAAUGUUCUGUCAAAUGUUCUCAGCAAAUAUUUUGAGAUCCGGGGAGGGCAGAAACACUACCUUGUUUUAUGGCCCAAGGGUCAGACUCUCUCUAGGAAAAUGAAAAUAAAUAGCAAUACAAUAAGCCAAACUAAAGUCUGAUGGCAAAAGGUACCUUAGCCAGAUCAUAUGAUGUUAACUGUUAAGUCAGGGUUGUUGUUUUUUCUGCACCCAGUAUGUGGAAGUUCAAGCAAAGAAUUACGUAGAAUUGCGUGGAAAAAUAAGCCAAAGAGCUGUUCAACUUGAUUUGAGUAAUUCAUGCCUGAGCAUUCUCAGCUGAGGGAUGUUGUGCUAUAAUCGUAGGUGUAUAAAUAUUCCAUGCUACAUUUUUCUCCAGCACGUUUUAAAUAAGCGCUUGUAUUAUUAAAAUGUAACUUGGACACUGAUUUAUAUGACACUGAUUCUAUCCAGAGUCAGAAUCAAGACCACAUGCUCUGAGGGACCAGAUCCUGCAUUAAGCUACAUAAUGGGUCUAUUUUUAACUAGGGAUGGAAGGGGAUACCAUUUCCCUUGGAAUAAUGCCUUUAUAUCACUUACGAUGUCCAUUAUCAAUAUUUAAACUCGAUCAGCGGGACAGGUUACACGGGAUAUAUGUGUGUCAAACCCACAAGCUGUGAACCAGUCCUCCUCGGAGAUGCUUUUAUCAAAAUAUAUUGAAAUGCAGACGCACAAAUCUCAGUAAUACAGAGAAGUGUGUUCCAGCACUGUCGUUUCAUCAUUUAGAAAUGGCAACUAUAGAUGUUCAGAAUGAACGAGGUGGCAAUAUAACGUUAUAACGUUAGAGGACAUUAUCUUAGUAAAUUACACGGUUGUAUUAUAAUAAUUAGGCUAUAAACUCAUUGAAAGUAGUGAAGUGAUAUUUAUUUGCUGUUGACAGUUGGCCAUGUUGUCAUGAUGAACCCUUUAGUGGCCAAUGAUUUUUGAAAAUGUUGACAGACCUAAGCAGAUGUUCUAUUGAUUUUGCCUCUUUUCUAGAUGUUGUGCAAUUAUUUAUUCAUUUAGUGCCGUUGAGUUAUUAUUGCACCUAGUGGUCAGAAAUAGGAACUACAACACGCACUAAUAAAUGUCCACUAGGGCAAGUAUCAUGCUGCCCCAUGCUCACUCUGUUAACGGGCAGAAAGGAUGUCGGUUAAUGAUAUUACCUCUUCUGUGUUCAUCUUGCACACUGUGACAAUGGCGACAGAAACCAAACCUGCUGUAUCUACAGUAACACAGCUAAAUAUCUUUAAAAAAAAAUGUGUUAAUUCCUUUCCCUGAUUAGAAAGGAUGUCUAAUCUAGCAAGUUUAAUCAACACUGUUGUCUAGCUACGCUGUUAACGUGUCUUUAGAGCGCAAUUAAGAUAAGAUAAGAUAUAACUUUAUUAAUCCCCCGUAGGGGAACUUUAGGUCAACAUAGCAGCACGAAGGAAUAUAAAAGAACAGCGACUAGAAACUACUAUAAUUGCAGCAAAUGCUAAUAAAAUGAUGACAGCUGAUUUCAAUAAAGAGAUUUUCUCAUGAUAAAAUCA